UUUGUUAGCUUCUAUAUCUGACAAUUUACAUCUCAACACAAGCACAUGUUCACAGGUACAACCUGUGUGUGUGUGUGCAUGCAGUAGUUUUGUGUGUAUAAACACAUAGCAUAUCUAUAAAUUCAUAAACAUGAACUUGUAUGGAGACAUUCACAAAUAUUAUUUGAAUUCGAUCAACUCUUCAUUUAAUCUACUUGUGUGUUUUGAGAGUUAGGGGUGGGCAGGGUUUUUAUUUCCCUUCCAUAGGAACCACAAACAGCCAAUGAUUGGCUGCAGCAAACAUUACAUACACACCCUAUUUGGUAGAGCUGCGGACCACUCUCCCAUAUUCACACAACAACACAGACCAAGCCACACUGUACUGGCAGCACAUAUCAGCAGUAGUAACGAUAGAACUAACUCUACAGCAGGAUACACAUCACAUCUAACGAUAAACUUUGGAGGAUUUUAUCUGCAUUGAUGAAAAAUUUCCACAAGGUUAUGUUGGCUCAGCUGUGUUUAUGGCUGUUUCUUCUAGAACCUUCUCAUUGUGUAGACCUUAUCUACUAUGUAGAAGAAGGAAUGUCCCCAGGAACUUACAUUGGGGACAUAGCUGCUGAUACACAAUUUGCUGACAGUUUUCCACAUCAAGACAGGAAUUUGAUUACAUUCAGUCAAUUGCAUGAAAACUUGAAUGGAAAUAAUCACCUAUUUAAUGUGACUGAAGUCGGGAAACUAUAUACAGCUCAAAUCUUGGAUACUGAGUCUCUGUGCAAAUAUAACGCUAAAUGUUUUAAAAUGGUAGAAGUUGCAGUUCAACACAAGUUGUCAUUCUUCAAAAUAUUAGAAAUCAAAAUAGUCAUUGAAGAUAUCAAUGACUACUCUCCAAUGUUUCCAAAUAAAGAAAUCCAUCUCCAGUUCUCAGAAACAGAUGGCAAAGGUACAACUAAAUCAAUACCAAAUGCUGUUGAUAGAGAUUAUGGUAUCUCUAAUUCUAAAAUUUCUUAUCGACUUGACAAGAGUGUGAGUGACCCAUUCAUUUUAUCAGUUUCCAAAAAAGUCGAUGGAACUUCAAAACUUGGUAUCAUUCUGAAAGAAAAGCUUGACAGAGAGCAGAAGAACAACUAUAGUAUCCGUGUUAUUGCAAAUGAUGGAGGAUCUCCUUCCAAACAAGGAAUUUUAAAAGUUCUAAUAGACAUUAAAGAUGAAAAUGACAAUUCCCCAAUUUUCACUCAGAACACUUACAAUGUUACUAUCAAUAACCAACACCAGAAAAAUAUACCGAUUCUUACUUUGUCUGCUAAUGAUUUAGAUCAUGGAAAAAAUGGCCAAAUUACAUAUCAUUUCAGCUCUGAAACUUCAGAACUUGCAAAAUCAUAUUUUAACCUAAAUGAACAAACUGGAGAAAUUUUCCUAUGGGAUAACUUUUCUUUUGAACGAAGGCAAAAAUAUAAGCUCUUCAUUGAAGCAACUGAUAGUGGAGUUCCACCUUUAAGUUCAACUACAAUUGUUCUUAUAAAUGUGAUCAACCAGCAAAAUAAUGCACCACAAAUAGAAAUGAAAUUUGUUUCCAAAUCUAAAGGCAACAAAGUUACUAUUUCAGAGGGUGUCAAAGUUGGUAGUUUCAUAGCCUAUGUGAAGGUAACUGACAGUGACAGUGGACAUAAUGGAGAAGUGACAUGCAGUCUUCAUCAUGAUAAACUGCAACUUCAAAGCUUAGGGAAAAACAAAUACAAAGUUGUGAUAAAGAGUCAAGUAAACAGAGAAACAGAGAGCCAUAUAAAUUUUACAAUUGUAUGUGAAGACGAAGGUUCACCAUCUCUGGAAACAACUAAAAGGUUUUCAAUUCAAGUCACUGACAUCAAUGAUAUGCAACCCAAAUUUAUGAAAGACACUUUCAAAUUUCUUACCUAUGAAAACGAGAAGCCAAAUUUUCCAAUUGGCUUCAUAAAAGUUACUGAUCCUGAUCUGGGAGCUGGAGGUCAACUGUCAUAUUUUUUGUUCAGCAAUAAAGGAAACAUGCUUCCAUUUAAGAUUUCUAAUUUUGGAUUUAUUUCAACAACACAGUCACUAGAUCGAGAGAAACAAGAUAUUUAUGAAUUGCAAGUUAUAGUAAAAGACAAUGGUUCACCAUCACUUAACAAUACUGCAAAGGUUAUUGUGGAAGUCAUGGAUGAAAAUGAUAAUGCUCCUUAUUUCACAUUUCCUAGUGUCAACCCUUUCAGACUGGAUAUUUAUUACCAACCCAAAAGCACGCAUGACAUCACAACAUUAAGAGCCUCUGAUAGAGACAGUCAUGUCAAUGCUUUUCUACGAUAUGAAAUUCAAGGGGGAAAUGAUAAACAAUUGUUCACAGUGAACCCAUACACAGGUGUGAUGUCUUUUUCCCGACCUGUCUAUCAAAAUGAUGCUGGAUCAUAUGAUCUUCAACUUGUUGUGAAAGAUGGUGGCAUACCAGUGCUCUCUGCAACAACUUAUCUUUCACUAAUACUGACUGUUAGUAAUAAGACUUCAAAAAUGUUCACAGCAAUAGACACACAGUCAGAUGAUAAAAUACAUCUAAACCUUGUGAUUAUUAUUGUAGUUGCGGCUGUAAUAAUAUCAAUAGCUAUUGUAGUUUCUAUGGCAAUCUGUAUUAUUCAUAGAAAAAAUCGCCGAAAUGUCCAAUAUCAUGGUGGUGUGAAUGAUUCUAACAAAUUUUUAGAUCAAAGAAUACAAUCAGGUUAUGUUUGUGAACAAAUAUCACCUCAAUAUGAUGCCCCAGUUACUAUGGUAACAGAUCUUGCCAAUACAAGAAAUUCACAAUCAACAUUACCAAGACGAGAACCACAGUCAGGUUAUGAAUCAGGACAUAGUUGGAAAGUUUCAAAUUCAGGAAUACAUCUCCAGGAUAUUACAGAAUGGACACAUCAGUCUUCAGUGAUAUCUGGUGUUGGUAAAAAAGACAAUACAGUUACAGUCCCAGAACGUAUUAGUGAAUUAUCUGCAAUAUCUUCUUGUGCUGAUAGUGGACAUGGUUUAAGUGAAGGUGACACAGGACACUAUGAAGAGCUUCCAGUUCUGUGCGGACCCUCACUCUCCCUUCCCACACGGUGUGCUGUCAUGGAGAUUGUUAAGCUAAAGAAAUAUCUGGGCAUUUGCUAAAGGACUUCCUGAGAGACUGUAUCCAGAAUAAUCUCUAGACUCAAACUGUGAAAAAGCCAGAUGAGAUAGCACAAGGCAACCCCUCCUAUCCACCACUUUGGACUGCUACGUUCAUUAUUCACGUACAUACACACACAACAUACAUACAUAUAUAUAGGCACAAUAUGUAUGUGUCUAUAUAUAUAUAUAUGUAUAUAUAUAUAUAUAUACACACACACAUAUAUAUAUACAUAUAUAAAGAUAUAUAUAUAUAUAUAUAAAAUCUGAGUAAGAAGAAAAAUUACUGUGAGUAUCAGCUACCAAAUGCUAUUGCUAUGUUACAGUCGGAUGUUUUCUGUCACUGGAUAUGCAUGAGGAAAUCUGUAAAUAUCCAAAAUAUUAAUAAGAACAGAUGGAUUGAACAUGUUUUGUAGCAUAACAGAACAAUUGCUUCAAUAUGUCAUUACCAGCUGUUCAUGGCUGAAUAUGCAUGUGUGUGUGUGUUUGUGUGUGUGCAUGUAUAUAUAUAUAUAUAUAUAUAUAUAUAUAUAUAUAUAUAUAUAAACACACACACACAUAUGUCUAUACAUAUACAGGUAUAUGAUACGCAGAAAAAUGGGUUAUUUCACCUGGAUUACUAAUCCCUUAUUAAUUCCUCUUUGUUUGAUAAGAAAAUGGACUGCCUGUGAAACUACAUAAACAACUCAAUACAAAUCAGCAGAGUAAUUAAUAUAUUUUAGCAAAAUGCCAACUCCAACAGGUGUAUAUUUGCUUCAUUUCAUCAAAGGAUUUGUAACUAAGUGGCCUCAUGCCUAUGUAAAAACAAUAAUCAUUAUGUAAUUAAUUUAUCUGGAUAUUUAUUUUCCACUUAUCUUAUUUACUUGUAAUUAUUAUCUCUCUGAGUGGUUUUGUAUAUACAAUUAUCUGUAGAUGAUGGCAAUGAUGUAACAUGUUUCACUCUGUGAUUCUUCUUUUCUUUAUCAAUUGAUAUUUUCUUCGCUCUUUAUUUCCAAUGGAUGUAAUUUUCCAUGGAAGUUCAUGUGGUCACUCCAUCCUUCUUAACUAACUGUAUUGUAUUGAAAUUUGCUUUGUAUGCUUCGAAUUGCCCGGAAAAUGUCUGACAUAAUUUAUGCUAUGAUUUAAAGUAUUAUCAGUUUCUGGCAAACCCUGUAACAAUGUGAAAGCAUAGUUUGUGUUUUUUUAAAACUAAAACUAAUAAAACUUUACUUACUGUUAUUUGCCCUAUAGUUGGCUCCUAUUUAGAUUU